GGGGGGAAGAGAAAAGAACUUUGUGAUAAGGCAGCCAGAGCAGGGACCUUUGGCCCAUGGGACUGGAGGGGAAAGGGGAAUUUCCAUAAGAGGCCUGAUUGGAUGGGGUGGCACCCACAGGUGCCACACCCACCCCAACGGGUGAAUCAGCCAGAGCAAAAAAGGGAAGCUAGAACCACUUGCCUUUGGGGAUCUGGCCAGGACAGGAGCAUUUGGCCUCUGCGGGUCAGCAGGGACAGGAUCAGACUCUGUCAGCUCCAGAUCAGGCCACCCCCACUCCAGAGAUGGCCCAUGGCAGGAGCUUCCGGAGAGCAUACUCCCUCCGCACCCCCAAAUCCCCCAGCCUCCUGGAUUCUACCUACGGCCGACUGGAGGAUAAAACAGAGAGCUCGGACAAGGCUAAGCAGAGGGCAAAGAGGAGAGCUGUGAGCCUGAGGGGGUGGAAGAGUGGGGUGGAAGAGUCCCCAGCUGAGAGGACCCCCACCCCAGGGGAGAUGCCCCACUCACUAAGCCCCGAUGAUGGGGAGCUGCUGAUCGGAGAGGCUCAGAGCAAGGGCUCUCACAGGAUGAAGCAGUGCAAGAAGGUGGACCGAGCCCUCCGCAGAGGCUGGGAGACCUUUGUGGCUAACCUAUACAGCGUGACACUGAGCCGCCCAGCUCCCCCCUCCGAGGCUGCCCCCUUGCGGUGAGAACACGUUGAGGAACCAGAAGAAGAAACAAUGACUCUGGGUGGCUGGGCCACCCCCAGAGACAUGAACUUCCUAGAGCAGCAUCAGCCACUGAUCUGGCUGCAUUGGGGACAGGGUGCUUUUUUAUAACGACUGGAGAUGGGCCUGGGCCACCCAUCCGGAUCUGUCCCCCAAUCGAUCUGUCCCCCAACACUGAUCCAUCAUCCGUCCAUCCCCAUAUACACCUCUCUGUCUGCCCUCAUAUACACUUAGCUAUCCAUCCAUCCAUCCCCACAGACACCCAUCUGUCUAUCCCCAUAUACACCUGUCUAGCCAUCCAUCCCCACAGGCCCCCAUCUGUCUAUCCCCAAAUAUACCUGUCUAGCUAUCCAUCCCCAUAGACACCCAUCUGUCUAUCCCCAUAUACAACCUAUUUAUCCCUACAUGCCCCUCUAUCUAUCCCCCUAUACAUCUAUCCAUCCCCAUAGACACCCGUUCCGUUUGCCUAUCCCCACAUAGGUCUAUCCAUCCAUCCCGAUACACCUCUCUCUCUCUAUCGAUACAUCUCUAUCUACCUGCACAUGCAUCCUCCUCCUUACCUUCAUACAUACCUGUCUCUCUAAGUUUCUCUCCUAUGGUCCAGGGUGGCUGGAGUACAAGUUCCCAGCCUGGCCCCCUCGCUGGUAACCUGGGAACAGAAAUCUCAGCUCCGACUACAUUUCUCCUGCUAGGCCUCCAUCCAAACCCGUAACCAUCGGUGCUACUCCCCAGCCCUUGCUGCUGCUCACCUAGCCGGAGCUGUAAUGCCCGGGCAGUAUUUCCCUGCAUGUCGGCAACCAUGGAGGCGGAGGGGACGGGGUGUGCUGGCUACACUGUAAAUAGUCUCCGAGUCACAGGGACUCCCAUUAUUAAUCCCACCCUCAUUAACCUGCCCUAACACAGCAAUCCAACCCAGGAGCAUGGCACUAAGGGACUCAGACUGUCUCCUGCUGUGGGGUGGGAAGGGAAAGGAACCAAGUGAUUUUUCAGGGGGGUUGAUUUUUCACUAGGCAGAGCCACAGGGACUCCUUAGUAGCCCCCCUUCCCAGUGUGGGUACAUCCCAGGCACAGGGGCAUCAAACUGGCUACUGCUGGGCAGAGCCAGACAUGCCUGUGAAAGGAGCGUCUGGGGUUCCCUUGGAAAGCCGGAGGGUGCUGGGGGAGGGGAGCCAUGCCAGCCCCAGAGGACGCCACACCCACAGCAGGCAGUGGGCAGUGCCAGGCCCAGAGAGGCCCUGCCCAGUGCAGACAGGGCAAAGGGUGCCUGAUGGCAGGCAAAGUAGUGAGUCUGGAACCUGUCUGGCCACCCCAUCCUCAGGCCCACACACUUGGGAGCCUUGGGGGUCAAGUGCUCUCGCUAGCAGGGGGGGAUACAAGUCGCUCCCUGGCAGGUCUUCAGCAACAGGGACCAAACCAGUGCCCUCUGGAUCUAAAUGCAAAAGCCUCUCCUGCCUGAGCUAAAAGCCAGGGCUCUGCCAGGUUCCUCAACCUGUGUAUGUGGCCCAGCCGCCACUAGAGGGGGACAAAGCACCAUGCUGAGUGCCCCAGCGGUCUGUGGCCUUGGUGGAAUGAAGGGUUGCCAUGUUUUCAGCAUUGUAUGAACGGUCCUUAUAACCUGAUGUGCUGCAUGCCCUGCGCUAAUAAACCCUGAA